GGGAAACGCCGCCGCCCGCCCCAUUGGUCCCCGCAGUCACAUGCUGGGCGGAGGCAGCUCCCAGCGGCGGAGCGGAGACGCGGAGAAGGAGCGGCCGCGAGUCCAGCACCAUGUCCGGCCUCAAAGUCUACAGCACCUCGGUGACCGGCUCCAGGGAGAUCAAGUCCCAGCAGAGUGAAGUGACCAGGAUCCUGGAUGGGAAGAAUAUCAAGUAUGAACUGGUGGAUAUCUCCCAGGAUAAUGCCCUGCGGGAGGAAAUGAGGACCAGGUCGGGCAAUCCCAAAGCCAUUCCACCCCAGAUAUUCAACGGAGACCAUUACUGUGGAGACUAUGAGUUGUUUGUGGAGGCCGUGGAACAGAAAACCCUGCAGGAGUUCCUCAAGUUAGCCUGAGCUUUCCUUUCCCAUGUGGGACUUGAACUCUGCAUUCCCAACCAACUGCCUCUCUGAUCACCUUAACUCCUAGGCUGUCGGUGCCAUCCCGGCAUCAUGAUCUAUCUCCUGCCACAGGGAAAUCCAUGACCAAAAACCUCUCCUCUUUGCAGCUGCCUGCGAUUUCUUCCUGCCUAACCCCGAUAUGGUCUGACAGGGCCCCAGAGCAGCUCUGAUAUCACUGCACGGUCCUUCGAACACUGCCGGGCCUGGCUCCCAAUGCAGCUGCCAGUGCCUCUGUAGAAGGGAAGUCACCUGAAGUAAGGCCGUUAGCUAUUUCUGCGCCCCUCUCCUCUGAACGAGUCUUGUGCUGUAGAAGGGAAGGGUGUGGGAUUGUGUGCUUCCUCUCUUGUCCUAGCACCAGGUGCGGUUCUGUGCGAACACAGCAGCCUGCGCUUCCUGCCUCUCAUUCUGACUGUAGACAUGCUGACGGCUAAGGGGGGGUUGUGGUUUAAACUCCAUGCAGAAGCACUGCACAAGAAUAGGGUUUGAAUUCCUUCAUCAGCCAGAGAGAGGGAGGAGGAAAUGCACAAAACGACUUCAGUAGAGUGCAGAGCUCUCUUGAAGAGGCUCUGAGGGGUGGGUGGUGAGGGCAGAUCUGCUAUUAGGGGACCCAGACAGUUCCAUUAGCACAUUCCUGUACUGCUGUGAUGUGAACGCUCCCUUUAGGAGGGCUCAGGGGCUGCUCCAGAAUGUCUGACGCUCCAGCCUUCCUGUCUUUCCUUUUUGAGCUGGCUUUCUGCAACCUGGACCAAGUGCAUUUUGUUUUCCUGCCAAAAAGCAUCUUUCUAACCACUGUUGUCUUCAGAGAUGCUAUUAAAUGUUACUAAGCCUUU